AUGUCUGCUGGUCAUUCUGAGCCGCAGGUGCUCUAUAGCGUUAACAACAUCGCUGCAUUCUCCGUCCAGAAUGGAGAGGAACAUCUGAUCACAACAUCAGGCCCUCAGACUUUGUCGCUGCUGAUGGUGCCGACUGCAUCACCAUUUGCCGACUUGUCAACCACCGAACCAACCAGCGCGGCGCCCGAAGAAGACUUCUACCUCCACCUCCACCUGCCCCCUGAACUAGACCUCCCUCUGCCUGCCACCACCCAGAUCUAUCACAAACCUCCCAGCAGUUACCUGAUACCUCGCUGGGAUCUGGGACCCGAUGCAGGCGCCUUCAUCCGGCUGCAAUUCCCUUCCAUAGGGAGUGGGCCGGGCAAAGUGACCCAAGACGACAUAGACACAUUUGAGACCAUUCUUGCCCAAUGUACCGCCUUCCUCGAGCGAGUACACAGCACACCUCCGGGAUUUGAGCGCUACGAUCCGAGCAAUUAUCGACCAGGCGAGGGUUAUGUCGGAACUGCGAAGCCAGAAAAGGACCGUUCUCAGCAACAUGGGCAAAUUGUGCUUAUUGACGAGGAGAAUGGAAGCGUAAUCGGCGAGCUGCAAGAUAACUAUACUCUGGUAGAGGAGGCAGCGGUCAGGCCGGGAUCAAAAACUCCUGUUCAGAUACAGCUGCCCGUCGAAGGGCAAGGCAACCAGAUCCGAGUCGACAACGUUUCCGAAGAUUAUCUCGCCAUAUCGAAACAUCCUGCUUACGCAAAGUCGCGAGUCGUGCAAGGCUCUGCGACCGCCUCGAGGCUCAUUGUGACGAGUUCCACUUACUUGGCUAAUAAGAUGUCAUCAGGGGCAGAUUCAUUCCAAAAGGGCACCCAGCCCAAUCCCAAGCCUAUUACAUUCUCACCUGCCACCCACGCGCGCAUUCGUCAAAUCCACUCCUUUACCCAGGGUGCCGUUGGCCUCAGCGCGAAGACGGUCGGUCAACUGGGUAGAUAUGCCCAGAACUUCGGGGCUUCGCUCGCUCGAAAAGGGGAGAAGUCCAAAAAAGAGCCGGGGAAGGAUUACAAACCUGGCAUCCUCAACAAGUCCAUGAUUGCUUUCUCUACCAUUGCUGAUGGCAUCGAUCAGGCUGGCCGCAACCUCUUAGCCUCUAGCUCGGCAGCGGCGACCAAUGUAGUCAGCCACAAGUACGGCAAGGAGGCCGGCACCAUCGCCCAAGGUCUGGCUGGUGGUGUCAAGAACGUGGGUCUUGUCUACAUCGAUGCGAUGGGAGUAUCCCGCCGAGCAGUAAUCAAGUCCGUGGCCAAAGGCAUGGUGGUCGGCCGGAUGCCAAACGGGCAGCAACUCGUGGUCGGCUCAGGUGAUGGGGGAGUUGUGCCAGCUGAAGCGUAUAUACCCGACGAAAAGCGGAACGAUUAUUAUGAAUCCUCCUACCCAGGAGCGGCGCAAAGCGGCGCAAGCCAGCCGGGGUAUGGAGUCGAAAGUUAUGGCAAUGCAGCCAAUGCGCCGCCUUCUUAUCCUUCGGGUAUUGGUGAACCUUUGGGUUCAACACUGCAGGGACAGCAUGUGCGGGAGAAGUGA